AUGUUCUCUCCUCCUCGCCGUGAGAAGGCACGACUUGAUACCUUAGAUCUACCCAAAGGAAACUGCCGAUACAUCCUCCUUCACCCCGAGAACAGCGGCAUCCGCUGUGCCUGCGUGGGCUUUACGCUGAAUCGUUCCAUACCGGGCAGCCUCUGCGAUUGUGGCCAUCAAGCUUGCUUCCAUCUGACCGAGAAUAAGGAGACUAGUGCCGGGGAUAAAAUGGAGGUGGAAGAACUGAAAGCAAGAGUCAGGAUGUUGGAACACGAGCUGGACAAAGAGAGACGUGGUGGAGGCGGUGGUCUCGUCGAUCGGCUUAGCCGUCUUGAGGAGUUGGUCGACAGGAAUCGAGAAGAGGGUGCCUCGGAGACGAAAGCUUUGUAUCGUGGCAUGGAAGGGAUAUGGCAUCACAUCGGCUUGUGGAACAAGCGUGCACCUUAUUACGACGACACUAUUGAGGGCUUGGUGGAUGAUGUCCAUCGAAUGCGAAACCAGUUGAUCGAAGUUGACCAUGCAUCAAUUCGCGUGGAGGAGCGAGUCGAGUCUUUGGAAAAUUCGGGUGCAGCGAUACCGAUCUUGAGCCGCCGUAGACGAGCUUCCACACCACCAUCUGUCAUCGACGAUGUCGAACAAAGCAUCGAGAGGCGUGGUCGUCCUUCGCCCAGGGAUCGUGAAACAUCCAUCUAUCGUGACAUGAACGAUGAAGAUCCAAACGUGAGAUCAUUCCGUGAGAGAGUAUCCUCUGUUGGAUCAGACCCAGAGGCCUGGACUGUGCAUGUAUCCCUAUUGCCAACAUAUUCGCAGCCGUUUCCAUUCGAAAAGGACACCGCCGCUUACAAAAGAUGCCUAUCUCGUGGACUUCACCAAGUAAUUGUCAUUCCUGAUGCCACGAGCUUUUCUUUUAGGACUGCCAUCAGCGACGCCUUCCAACACAUACUCCAUGGUCGGCAGUGGCAACCUCUCGUUGCCCAACUAUGCAACGCCAAAAACCUUCGAGGUCUCCCGAUGCUACGUCAACUCGAGCGUCAUCUAGUGGACAUGGAUUAUAACAUGGAAUUUUUGGAAAGAAACUGUGCGGUUGUUGACGACUCUGGAAAGAUUCUUGAUCUUUACAUCGCCAUGUCCGAAGAGACAUUGUCAUGGGUUGAACUCAAAGACAUUAGCCCAUUCAAGCCUGGACUAGAAGCUGCGUGGGUCUACGAUCCUUUGCUUGACGGACCAUGCAUGGACAGCGUCACCUCCUCUACCGCCCGGCAGACUCAUGAUUCAAACGACAGGCGGCCAGCAGCUGGUGACCUAGUCCCAAAUUUCUUCGAGACCCAGUCUCUUAAGCGUAGUGCUUCAGAGAUAUCCAGAACACCUAGCUUUGGCUCCUCCGCAGACGCUGAUGGAACCAGAGCAAAAAUGCGAAGGCAGUGUACAGCAUCGAACGUAGACAUUGUCGGGAGACGAGCAGAAGCUGUCUGA